AUGAAAUUCUCCCUCCCCCUCCUCUUAACAUUUCUACUAGCCACAACAACAGCCACAGCCCUCAACACCACCACCACCACAAUCUCAGAGCGAGAUUGCAGAAACAUAAAUGGCUGCAAUACCUGCAACGUCAACAGCAACACUUGUCCACCUUGCGUAGCAUGCUGCAUUAACAAAUGUGGAGGCGAUGAGCCUGCUUACUCGAAAUGUUUCGAUAGGUCUUGUGGGGGGAUGGGGAUUUUGAAUGAAGAGUGUACUUGCUAG